GCGUAGCAUUGUGAGCCUAGAGGUAGUUCCUUCUUUUUCUGAGUGCUGAUGUUCAUGCUGCAAGCAACAAACUUGACGGUAGCAAAAUGUUUAUUUUCGGAUCAAAAAUAUUUUUGCUUUUUCUCAUGGCUUUCCCAUGUGGCUUAAUAUCAUUCGGCCAGGUAUCUGCAGAAUCAGAUUCUGCAGAAGACAUAGCACUAGAUUCAACAGUUGAUGAAGAGGAAGAUGAGGAGGAGGAAGAGGAAGAAGUCCUGGUGGAGGAAGAUCAGGUCCCAGGCUCGGAAAAAGAGGAUGACUUAGAUGAAGAUGCUGCUGUUGGAGAUGUAACUUCUCACCCUGACGCUGACACUACCAUUGUCUUUGUGACUGGGGAAGAGUUCCCAGCCAAUGAAAUUGUAAAGUUCCUGGUGGGUUUCACCAACAAGGGAAGCCAAGAUUUCACUGUUCAUUCACUGGAGGCCUCCUUCCGUUACCCUCAGGACUUCCAGUUCUACAUCCAGAAUUUCACAGCCUUGCCCCUGAGCACUGUGGUGCAGCCCCAGAAGCAGGCCUCCUUUGAGUACUCCUUUAUCCCUGCUCAGCCAAUGGCUGGUCGUCCAUUCGGCCUGGUCAUCCUCCUCAACUACCAGGACAGUGAGGGCAAUGGUUUCCAGACGGCCAUUUACAACCAGACAGUCACAAUCGUUGAGUUGGAGGAGGGACUGGAUGGAGAGACAAUGUUCAUGUAUAUUUUCCUGACUGGACUAGUUGCCUUGGCAGUCUUUGGCAUGUACCAGGUGCUGGAGUCUAGGACGAGGAAAAGGUUACCAGUGAAGGUGGAGACAGGCACUGGUGGGAUGAACAAUGUGGAUAUCAGUUGGAUUCCCCAGGAGACCCUCAACAUAAUGAGCAAGGCAUCGGCAUCCCCCAAAGCCUCACCAAGGAAACGUACCAAGAGAGCAGCGGGAGUAGAUCAAUAAACAAGAUUCAGCUAUCUUCAGAUCAAUAUCCUCCAGGUCAAUGUUCAUGGCCCAGGUCAUCAAGAGCUCCAGCAACCCAGCCACCAUUACCCACUGGGUGGACCUAGUCAGUUACCUAAGUGUUUUUAAAAAUCUCCCUGAUACAUAGGUCUGCAACAAUGUCAAUGUUGAGAGUUAUUGAAACUAAAAACAUUGGUGUCAUAAAUGUUUCCCAUUUAGACACUGCUCCUGCUGGACAUUGCAUGUUUUUAAGGGAUUUUUUUUUUUUUUAUCACUGUGUUGAUUUUAACACUACAUGACUGAUUCUAGGUAAUUCACUCACCAUGACAGCUCCAUGAAAUAACUGAGGAAGAUUUGGGCAGUUUUAGACCUGCUAAAGAAAGCUAUAAUGCCACACCAAGUAUUUCAAUCAAAAUCUUUUUUUACUUUUUGUAAUUCUUUAAUUCCUUAAGUAUUGUGAUAUUGAGGGUUUAGUUAUUUUAUAAUGGGGCUUACUGACUCAACACUCAAGUUGGUCGGCACUACCAGGGAUUGAGAUGGAGACCAAAAGGGCCUUGAAGUUCCUUCAAGGAAAGAAUAAGUGUUUCAUGUCAACCAGGUUUUCCAGUGCCAUAUUUUGGAAUAUCACAAUGCUGCUGUGGAAGCCCUGUGAAUCGAAUUUAGAAGGCUAUCAGCUACCAUGAUACAUUGUUAUAUGUGAAUAAUGCAAAUGUAUUUCCAACAUUAUUGCUCUCUGUGUCAGGUAACAUUUUCUCCAAAACCAUAAUAAAUGUACCUACAUUGUU